GGGAUGGGGUGGGGGAGGGAGGCUUAUCCCCUCCCCUCCGGUUUCCUUCAGGAUGAUUAUUUCCAGGCCCUUUUUUCUUGGUCGGGUCCUUCGCCGCGAUACUGUCGGGGAAGUUUUAUUAUUAUCUGGGAAAUGAUGCCGCUCUCGAUGAUGGAUAAUUCGUAGUAAAGCCGCUGCUGCGUUUUUUUUUUUCCUUCCCUCCUUCCUUUCAUUCGUCUUUGUGGCCCGAGCAGCGCCGGGAAAAUUCCGUUUCUUCAGCAACUUGUUAUUCCGGAGCCGGGCCUGCCCCCCUCGCCCUGGGGCUGCCCUUCCCGCACAGGUACGGGGCCGGGGGCCGGGGGUGCCCACUCCUGCUCCGGCAUUGGGAGAGAGUGGAGAGCUGAAAGGGAUAACUUACUCAAAACUGGACUGGUGUUAAAGAGGGAACCAGAAACUAAAGGCACUGGAAUCAGCAAAGACACUUUUAGAAAAAGUGGAGAAGGUAGAGAAUGGAGCUGCAGACUCUACAGGAGGCUCUGAAAGUGGAAAUUCAGGUUCACCAGAAAUUGGUUGCCCAAAUGAAGCAAGAUCCACAGAUAUUUUUUCUUUCUAAUCAGAAUGCUGAUUUGAAGAAACAGCUUCAUGAACUUCAAGCCAAAAUCACAGCUCUGAGUGAGAAACAGAAAAGAGUGGUGGAACAGCUUCGAAAGAAUUUGAUAGUGAAACAGGAACAGCCAGACAGUAAGUUUCAAAUACAGCCAUUGGCACAGUCAGAAAACAAACUACAGACACCACAGCCGCAACCACUACAACAGCUACAGCAACAUCACCAUCAACAGCAGCAGCAGUCCACUGCACCCUCUCCAAACGUGAUAGGAUCACAGAAAACUGUAACUACAGCUUCUAUGAUCACCACUAAGACACUACCUCUCGUCUUGAAAGCAGCAACUGCGACCAUGCCUGCCUCUGUUGUGGGUCAGAGACCUACCAUUGCCAUGGUUACUGCUAUCAACAACAAUCAGAAAGCAGUCCUCAGCACUGAUGCGCAGAAUGCACCAGUCAACCUCCAGACAACAAAUAAGGUCACUGGGCCAGGAGCUGAGGCAGUCCAAAUAGUGACAAAAAACACAGUAACUUUGCAGGUUCAGGCUACGCCUCAGCCCAUAAAAGUGCCGCAGUUCAUCCCUCCUCCCAGACUUACUCCUCGUCCAAAUUUUCUUCCGCAGGUUCGACCUAAACCGGUUGCCCAAAAUAAUAUUCCUAUUGCCCCUGCACCUCCUCCAAUGCUUGCAGCUCCUCAGCUUAUUCAGAGGCCUGUGAUGUUGACAACGAAGUUCACACCCACCUCUUUACCCAACUCUCAGAACUCCAUACAUCCAGUUCGUGUAGUUAACGGGCAGACAGCAACCAUAGCCAAAACCUUCCCUAUGGCACAGCUCACCAGCAUUGUGAUAGCAGCACCGGGUACCAGGCUUGCUGGACCUCAGACUGUACAGAUCAGCAAACCAAACGUUGAAAAACAGACUAUUAAACCGCAUGUGGAAACAGAAGAGAAGCAAACAGAAAGUCGUACAGUUACUCCACCUGCUGCACCGAAGCCAAAACGAGAAGAAAAUCCACAGAAACUUGCCUUCAUGGUGUCUCUGGGACUAGUUACUCAUGACCACCUGGAAGAAAUCCAAAGUAAGCGACAAGAGAGGAAAAGAAGAACAACAGCAAAUCCAGUGUACAGUGGAGCUGUUUUUGAGCCUGAGCGCAAGAAGAGUACAGUCACGUACCUGAACAGCACAAUGCAUCCUGGGACACGUAAAAGAGGUCGUCCACCUAAAUACAACACGGUGUUGGGGUUUGGGGCUUUGAUGCCCACAUCCCCUCUGUCCAGUUAUCCUGACUCCCCUGAAAAUGAAAAGACAGAGACCACAUUUACUUUUCCCGCAGCUGUUCAGCCUGUGUCCCUGCCUAGCCCCAGCUCCACAGACGGUGAUAUCCAUGAGGAUUUUUGCAGUGUUUGCAGAAAAAGCGGGCAAUUGCUGAUGUGUGACACAUGUUCACGUGUUUAUCACCUGGACUGUCUGGACCCGCCUCUGAAAACCAUUCCCAAGGGCAUGUGGAUCUGUCCCAAAUGUCAAGACCAGAUGCUAAAGAAGGAAGAAGCAAUCCCAUGGCCGGGAACUUUAGCAAUUGUUCAUUCAUAUAUUGCAUAUAAAGCAGCAAAAGAAGAGGAAAAACAGAAGCUACUUAAAUGGAGUUCAGAUUUAAAACAGGAAAGAGAACAACUAGAGCAGAAGGUCAAACAGCUCAGCAAUUCUAUAACAAAAUGCAUGGAAAUGAAGAAUACCAUCCUUGCAAAACAGAAGGAGAUGCACAGCUCCUUGGAGAAGGUAAAACAGCUGAUCCGCCUCAUUCAAGGCAUCGACCUUUCAAAACCCAUAAACUCUGAGGUCAAUUCAGUAGCCAUCUCCAACGGCAUGGACUCCACUAACAAUACUAAUGCUGCCACCUCCACCUUAGCCCCCUCCCCUUCCCAGAGCUGCAUGGUGAACUGUAACAAGGGCGAUGAGACUAAAUAACACAGUGAAGUUAAGAAGGAGCCAAGGGAGGUGGCGGCGAGGAGAAAGAGCAAAAUAAAGAAACUCUAGAAAAGCAAAA